UGAAGAAUUGGUUCAUCAGGUUUGUUCUCUCCGUAUCUCCCUCCAUGUUGGCCCCCCGCUUUGAGCUGCAGCCAGUGAUGAUCUUCAUCCCAUCCCACACCUCCUUCAUGCUGUUGUUCUGCAGUUACUGCUCCAGCCUCCUUCUGUACUGCUCCUUCGCUUCCCUGAGCUGGACUCUGAGUUCUCUCUGUAUGCGUCUAGGCUCCUGCUGAUCUUCGUCUUUAAAGGCCCUCUUCUUCUGGUUAAGAAGGCCCUUGACGUGACUUGUAAUCCAGGGCUUAUUGUUUGCAUAGCAGCGUACUGGUUCUUACAGGAACAACAACAUCAUCCAUACAGAAGUUGAUGUAGUCAGUAGUGCAGUCAACAGCCUCCUCGAUGUACUCACAGUGCGAACCCUGCAGUACAUCACACACCAAAGCAGUCUCUUAGAGCCUUCUCUGCUUCAAAAGACCAUUUCCUGAAUAAACGCAUUGUUGUGGGUUGUCUCCUCACUUUUGGUUUGUAGUGAGGCUGAAGCAGAAUCAGGUUGUGAUCAGCUUUCCCCAGUGCAGGCAGAGGGGUGGCGCUGUAUGCGUCCUUAACGUUUGCAUACAGUAGGUCAAUAGUCUUAUUUCCCCUGGUGUAACAGUUCACAUACUGGAAGAAAGCAGGUAGUGUUGUGUCCAGAGUCACGUGAUUAAAGUCCCCAAAGAUUAACACCAGAGCCUCGGGGUGCUGUGUUUGUAUCCUCCCUACAGUGGAGUGGAUGACGUCACACACGACUACCUCGUCAGCACGUGGUGGGAUGUAAACAAUAACCACAAUGGCGUGUCCAAAUGGUCGCAACCCUACGGCAAGCAGAUCAACGUCCCUGUUGCAGAUGGAAAUCUUGAUGUUCACAUGUCCAGGGUUACACCACCUUGUGUUCACGUAUACGGCUAGUCCACCUCCUUUCUGCUUCCCAUAGGCAUUAGUGUCUCUGUCCGACCUGACUGUGCUGAAGCCGGGUAGCUCAACGUUAAAGUCCGUGACGUUAGCCGUUAGCGACGUUUCAGUGAAGCACAGCAAACUGCACUCCCUGUAGAUUUUAACGUUUUUCACCAGCGCAGCCAGUUCGUCUAUCUUAUUCGGUAGUGAGUUCACAUUUCCCAUGAUCACCAACAGUACAGAGGGUUGCCACUUCUUCACCAGUCGCUUGGCCUUUAGCUUUGCGCCGGCUUUGCAGCCACGCUAGGGUCUCCUCAACUAAAUGGGGAACCACACCGGCCCAGGACUUUGUCUUCAGUGUGAGAAGGUGGUUUCUCGGAUAAACAAGUUUGGGUAAAUAAAUAUCCAUAUCUAUAGGAUAGAAGUUGAACAGAUGUGACAAGGCACAAAUGCGAAUAUAAAAAAACAAAAACAAACGUAACAAAAAGUAAAAAAAGAUCACUGCACACUCGCGGCUGCUGAAAGGGCUACCACUCGCGGCGGCGCCAUGGCAAUGAUAUUAGUGCCAUAGUAAAGGAUCUUCUUUUCGAAGAGGUUAUUAAGGAAUACAUGCUAGUUCAUUGUUAAAAUCGCCCUUCUCCUUCUUCAGAGUAUAUUCUUAGGUGUUUCCACAAGCAACAAAAACAAAGAACCUCUCCUCAUUGUUUUCUCUGCUCCUCGCGAUUCUUCCAUUCCGAGCAUAAAUGGCUUAAUUUCUCAUGAGCCGUUUGCCUUCUUCGCUUUGUAGAAUGUGCAGUACCCAGAGGUUUGUGUAUAGCUGGGAAAAGCAGACAAUAGAUGCCUUCAAGUCAUACCACUAUCCUUUGCAUGGCAUCUUUUCAGUGUAGAUGGUCUUCUAAAUUGUACUUUUCUGUUAAACUGACAUUCGGUUGCUGCAGUAGCCCUUCUUGACUGAAUAAUUUUUCUCUACACAUUUGCAAACUCCGUUUCGUCUUGCAUCUUCAUGAUUUUUAUAGUAGUUCACUUAUUCUCUUCCCCACCAGCCCGCAGUAUCUGUACAGUCAGAAACUUUUCCAGGAGUUAGGAGUACCGCUUUCCAAAGAGAAACCGUAGGCCCUUCUACGCGUUUUGGAAUUUCUUGGCAUAACCCUUGAUAGUGUGCUCAUGCAAACGUCUCUGCAACAAGACAAGCUGUCUUGCAUAAGAACAGCUAUUAAAUCGGGUCUGCUGACCCCAUUCUCUCUAGAAGUUUUUCUCUAACUUCGCUAUGUGCAUUCUCCCUCAAGGUCGUCCAUAACACGCUUGCUGGUUUUGGCUAAAUCUGUUAAAAUCUUAAGAUACUGCAUCUUACACUAGGCUGUUGCUCAGAUAUGCGGUUCUAGUCUUUUUUUUUGUUAUGUGAUGAUGGACCGGCAUUGCUUUGUAAAUGACUACGAGGAAUCUGCAGAUUCCCCCUAGUUUUGACUGAUGCAGCGCCUCUGUUGGUUUUGGGGGGUGCUCAUAAUGAGUGGUUUGCAGACAACAGAAAUUCAGUUCCUUAAAACCAGUUCUAAAUUCACUGCUCUUUAUGAACACUACCCAAUUGUCGUUUGGGGCAGUAGAUGGUCCCAGAAACAUUAUGGUGUUUUGUGAGCUGCUUUAAUGGAAAUAAUUUACAGUUGUGCAUUUAUUGUUUUGACUUGAUCCUAACAUCUUCAAAUGCAAAGUAUAAAGCUAUGCUAGCAGGGAUUCAGUUUCACAUUCGAUGUAAAGAUCAAGCAUCACAGAGUCUUCUGGGAAAUCCUCCAUUCAGCUGCUACUCAAUGGCUUUAAAAGGCACAUCCUCAAGGCAAUGAUAAGACUCCUCACACAAUUCAGUGGUGCAUAAUUGUUUUUCACUUAUAUUGAUGUAAUAUUGGAAAAAAUUCUGUUAAUGGCUUUUACGGGUUUCUCAGGUGUGAAUAUGCAUGCAGAUCUCAUCUUAAUCCUCAGCAUGAUCUUCCCUUUUCUGAUUUAACCUUAGAAGAUCACAUCACAUGUACUCAAUAUUCUUGAAGCACUCGCAGUCUGAUAGAUCUCACCAAGGCACUCAAAUUUAAUUGCUAAGACUAACACUACAUUUUGUCCUUUCUCUUAUAUGAUGAAAUCCCUGCAUCAUCGCUCCAACCCAUCGGUUGGCUCGCUUGUUCAUCGUCGUUGGUUGCAACCCAUGACGAGGUCCCGGGUCUGCUUAAGAUGUGUGAUCUUUGCUGAGCUGCGGCCUAACGUGAACACUAUUCCUUCCCUACCUAAGAUUAGCGCAGCUACAACCGCAGCUGUCCAUCUGCCUGCAUCAACCAAUCUACCAAGGCUAUGUCAAGCUCCACAAGAAGGAAUUUUGAUUGUGCCAAAACUCAUGAGCUUCUGCUCCCCUUAUUGCAGGGCUCCAGACUAACUUUUUGCAUUGGUUGCACUGGUACGCCUAACUUUUUUUUUUUUUAGGUGCACCAGCACAAAAUUUAGGAGUACCCAAAUUUUCGCACUCUGCGCAACUCGGUGCGUGCUGCGGCCGCGUGCCGUCGUGACACGUGCGGACCACGACAUGAAAAUCACACAUAAAUCAGCUCAAAAUAGCCACCCAGCACAUACUUCCUGUUGCCGGUAGGUGGCACUAUCUCUGUGUCUGAAUAUUGUCAUGUAGACGUGUUCAGGGCGGGACUCUUAUCAAACACGUGGAGUUUCGUUGAGAUCAGAUAAUACACUGUGAGGAUGUGUUCAGGCUAGGACUGUUACAGAAUAUGUGAAGUUUAUUGGAGAUUGGACAUUGCACACUGAAGUUAUGAGUACUGUUUUAUGGCAAAUCGGCUGAAUUGGAUGAGUUGUCACUGGCUAGUGGUUUGACGUACAGUCAACUUUUCCUCUAGUUUGUAUGGAAACAGAAUUCAAAAUGGCCAACUUUGAUGGCACGCCACAGACACGCCCUUCAACAUACAGUCUCAAAUAGCACAAAUUUUAAAUAACCAAUGUGUUUAGAUUGCAGUGAUCGAAUUUGAAGUCAAUCUGAUUAAAUCUGUAGGAGGAGUUCGUUAAAACAGAAGCCCUUAAAUGCCGGAAAUGGCAUCACAGUUUGACAUUCGAUUCAACCUGGCCAACUUUGAGGGCACGCCACGGACAUACAUGCACACAUUGCACAACUUUUAAUCAGGACCAAUCUUUUGACUGGACUGACCAAUUUUGAAGCAGAUCAGAUAAAUUCCCUAGGAGGAGUUUGUUCAAAUACAACACAAAAAAUCACAGAAAAUGAGAAAAAAAAUCUAAAUGGCUGACUUUGACGGCACACCACGGACACACCCUUCAACAUACAUGCACAAAUAGCACAACUUUUAAUCAGCACCAUUUUUUGACUGUACUCACAAAUUUUGAAGCAGAUCCGAUAAAUUCCUUCGGAGGAGUUCACUCAAAUAGAACACGAAAAAUCACAGAAAAUGACAAAAAAAAUCAAAAUGGCUGACUUUGAUGCCACGCCACGGACACGCCCUUUAAUGUAGAUGCACAAAUAGCACAACUUUUAAUCAGCACCAUUUUUUGAUCGUACUCACAAAUUUUGAAGCAUAUCCGAUAAAUUCCCUAGGAGGAGUUCGUUCAAAUACAACGCGAAAAGUUCGCCAAAAGUGAAAAUGAAAAUCAAAAUGGCCGACUUCCUGUGGGGUUUCGGGUAUGGGUCCAAGAGGCUUUUAUGUACGUCCUGUCAUGUUACACGUGCCUACUGAGUUUCGUACAUAUCGGUGAAACGUGGCGCCGGGGCUGCUUUUUUUUAUCCUGUAGGGGGCGCUACAAACACGAUUUUUUGUAAGUGAGCUUCAGGCACCACUCUACAUGUGCCCUGUUAAUUUCAUACUCAUAACUAUUACGGUCUCCGCACAGUGAUUUAUCAUGCCAAAAGAGCGCCACGUAGUGGCCGAUUGUCGACACAUUUUUUAGCGAGCCUCAGGGAGCCAUGGGGAAGCAUUGUACCACGUUUCAUCUUACGGUGCUAUCCAUUUGUCUCGUGAACUCGGAACACGAGUUGGAAAGUGUAAGUCUCGCAGCUAUCUCGCGACAUUUCACGGAGACACACCCUCUUUUGGUCGGAAUAUCAGCUGUCCAGCUCAGGGUACCUCACAGUACACCGAGCUGGACGAGGACGAAUGUUUGACUCGAAAACAAAGAUGGCUGCUCCCAUAUUUCAUGGUAAGUUGAGAUGUAUUUUCUUUGUAUUUGUACUACGUUGGUCGUUUUAAUGUCGAUUUUAAAUGCUCUUACACACUUGCUUCUUUAGUCAGGUCAUGAAUUUAUGCAUUGCACGGUGUUGCUGUGCGUGCAGUACAAUGUUAAGUUUUGUUUUCGAGCUGGUUUGCUAGAUAGGCUAAUGUAGCUACAAUAACACUAGCCUGCUACUGCCCCUGGAGGCUCGAGACAAACGCCACAGCACUUGUUGAAAUUGAAAUAGGCGAAAAUGGCAAAAUAUUAUUGAAAUGUAAGACUUGCAAUAACGGAAUUACUUGAAAUGUUAGUGUUUCUGUAGAAAAACAUGUUAUUAUUUCACAUUGAGCUGAAACAGUACCCAAAAAGGGGGCACAAGGGACAUGUUUUCAGCCUACUUUUGUUAGAAAACGAGGUGAAAAUGUGUGUUGUUGCUAGUGGUUUAGUAGGGAAAAAAUAGAAAUGAUAAAUGGUUGUAGAUUGCUGUAAGGUGGGUUUCACAUCAGAGUUUUGUGGUGUUCCUUCACAGUAUAUACUGAGGUUGCAGUCUGUAACAUACAUUGUGUUUUUUUUCUCUUUAGUCUUCCUCAACCACAGCAUGGUUGCAUUUGUGGACAAGGACAGGACCGUGCCUUACCAGGGCAACCUGUACCAAAAUGCAGAGAGGUACUUUGUAGAUGAGGGCCUCAUGGUGGCAGUCGACCUACACCUGGCAGAUUGCACUUGCACGGAUACCUGCAAUGUCCAGGUUACUGCAUCACUUCCCGUGAAUGAGUGCUUCAACAAAGAGCAGACCCUCUUUCUAAUCCACCUGAUGGGGAUCCAUCUGGAGGUAGAGGGCGAGGGACCUGCAAAGUCCCUCAAUGACCUCAACCGGCGGCUGAGGUUGCGGAAGAAAACGAAGACACUGCUGUGGGAGGAGAUGGCUGGGAAGCUUGGCAGACAGUUCAGGGAGCAGUUCCAGCCCAAGAAGGUGGCACGCAAGUGGUUGACGCUGGUGGAGGGAUACAAAAAAUGUAAGGACAAUAACGCGUCGACGGGAAGGGGGCCUGUCCGCUUCCAGUUCUACACGGAGAUGGACGAGCUGAUUGGGGGAAAUCACGACGUGGACCCACCUGUUGUGGGGAGCGAUCGUGCUGGUGUCGUGAUACGCCGACCAGAUGCACUGAGGCAGUCCAGCAGUGCUCCCUCACCAGUGUCAGCAGACUGGGAUCCCUCGUCAUCUCCCUGCAACUCAAAGUUGUCAGCGCUGCCCACCAGAGCUCCCUCUCCAGUGCAGUCCACCAGCUCCUCUUCCCCGUCUCCUGCUUCUCCCUCAGCCAGUCGGACUCCAACUCGCGAACCCGCCACGCCCUCUAGCACCCCGAGGUCGCAGAAGCAUCAGAGGCGGGAGGAUGACCUCUUGGCCCACUUCGCGAGGUCUGAAGCUGCUGCCCUGAUGCGACACAAAGUGUAUGUGGCAGAGAUGAGGGAAACUCGAAGUGUCCUCAUCCAGUUGUUAAGCAGGACAAGAAGUGAGGCAGGACAAUGACAAAAUGCACAAAGCGUUGUGUAUAUUUUUCUUUUUUUUCCUAUUUGACUCUAUUCUUGUGUGAUUUUUGUGUGACUUAUUUAUUAUAUUUGUGAUUUAUAUAUUUAUCUUAUUUUUUUGUGUGGUUUUAUAUUUUAAGCAUUGCACCAAGACAAAUUCCUUGUAUGUUUAAAAACCUACCUGGCAAUACAAUUGUACUUCUUCAACUUUCUGUUUUUUUAACUUGGAUUAGCCUUUUGUAUUGUGCUCUUACUUUGCACUUGUUUGUUAUUAUUGUUAUAACUUUUUGUCUUAAAAUAAACACAUGUAUAUUGUUUAACUCA